AUGGCGGCCUGUGUAAAGACCAAUAAAUCCCAAGUCAUCUUCAAGAAGGUCUCUCGGGACAAGUCGGUGACUAUCUACCUGGGGAAGAGAGACUAUGUUGACCACGUCAGCCAAGUAGAGCCUGUAGAUGGUGUGGUAUUGGUGGAUCCUGAGCUUGUGAAGGGGAAGAAAGUGUACGUCACUCUGACUUGUGCCUUCCGCUACGGCCAGGAGGACAUUGACGUGAUUGGCCUGACCUUCCGCAGGGACCUAUACUUUUCUCGGGUCCAGGUAUACCCUCCUGUUGGGGCCAUGAGUGCCCCUACCAAACUUCAGGAGAGCCUGCUCAAGAAACUGGGAGACAACACAUACCCAUUUCUGCUCACGUUUCCUGACUACCUACCCUGCUCAGUGAUGUUGCAGCCAGCUCCACAAGAUGUAGGGAAGAGCUGUGGGGUUGACUUUGAGGUCAAAGCAUUUGCCACAGACAUCACAGAUGCUGAAGAGGACAAGAUCCCUAAGAAGAGCUCUGUGCGGUUGCUGAUCCGGAAAGUGCAGCAUGCCCCUCCGGAGAUGGGUCCCCAGCCCUGCGCUGAGGCAUCCUGGCAGUUCUUCAUGUCUGACAAGCCUCUGAACCUCUCAGUCUCCCUCAGCAAAGAGAUUUAUUUCCAUGGGGAACCCAUCCCUGUGACUGUGACAGUGACCAACAACACAGAGAAGACUGUGAAGAAGAUUAAAGUAUUAGUGGAGCAAGUAGCCAAUGUGGUUCUCUACUCAAGUGAUUAUUACGUCAAGCCUGUGGCUGCAGAGGAAACUCAAGAAAAAGUGCAGCCAAACAGUACUUUGACCAAGACUCUGAUGCUGGUACCCCUGCUGGCCAACAACAGAGAGAGAAGAGGCAUUGCGCUGGAUGGGAGGAUCAAACAUGAGGACACAAACCUGGCCUCCAGCACCAUCAUCAAGGAGGGCAUCGACCGGACUGUCAUGGGCAUCCUGGUGUCAUACCAUAUCAAGGUGAAGCUCACAGUGUCAGGCUUUCUCGGAGAGCUCACGUCUAGUGAAGUGGCCACUGAGGUGCCAUUUCGCCUCAUGCACCCACAGCCCGAAGACCCAGCAAAGGAAAGUGUUCAGGAUGAAAAUUUGGUUUUUGAGGAGUUUGCUCGACAAAAUCUGAAAGAUGCUGGAGAGAACACAGAAGAGAAGAAAGACGAGGAGGCAGGCCAGGAUGAGUGAAGAGUUAGCCUAGAUGCCAAGACAUGGCUCAUAGUUCUGGGUGCCUUGAGCGAGGCCCCCAGCGACCUCUUAGAGUUAGGCUAGACAUGAAAGCAUGAAUGUUCCUGCCAGAAAUAAAGUCUGUGGACCCUCUGA